CCAAGAAAGCUGCAAAAAGAUUCUCAGUAAACAAAAGUGUGUCAGGUUUAAAUUUCCAUUUUAAUUCGUCUUCCGCGCAAACUGCGAAGAAAGGCAUACGAUACAAAUUCUUGGAAAAUUCAGCGAGCAGGUGAAAUUGUGAGUAGUGAGUAGUGAGUAGUACGGUGCACUGUGAUCUGUAGUUAGCUAAAUUAUAAACUGCAUUGUACACAAUUUCAGCGGCUCACGUCAAUAUUGCUUACUAAUAACAGCAUAUUUAGUGUUUAUUUUGCCCUGGUGACACAAUUGCAGGUGAUGCAAACUCAACACGAAAAAUCCUAGCAUACAUCACGCUUCUGUGAUACUACAGCAGUUCCGACACUAAAGCUAAGGCAGUUAAUCCCAGUGGGGCCAGCGAGAAUCAUUGAUCAAGAGCGGUUGCCGAGAGAUUGAAAGUGUAAAUUGCGGCCCUUUCGCUUUGUGCCGUUAAUAAUCCGUCGAUGUGUUCGUUCACGAAAACAAGUUGACUGUUUACUAGAAGUAUAUUUUAUUUCUUCGAUCUAUCAAUCCCGUUAGUUAGGUAGUUUUAUAAUUACUUGGGUGAUAACCUGCUCCAUUUCCGCCCGGCUGAUGCAUAUUGCCAUGAGGAAAUAUUCAGGCAGCCAUUUGUCGUUAUCAAAUUAUGAUAUUUUAUAGUAUCUGUGGUGCUAUCCUGAUAGUACUAUAUACCGAAUAAAUUUUAAUGGAAUCAAUUACAAUUCGGUCAGAUUAUAAUAUCGGCAUGUCUAGGCCAAGUCACGAAAGCCGAUUAGCCUUAAGGUAUCUGCACAGGCAAAUUUUGCACAUUUUUGCAUCAUUUUUAGUGGUUGUUUUAUGGAUAAUAACUAUAUGUCACUACAUUGACAGUAUUCCUCAGUUCUUGAGGAAGUAGAAUAUAUCAAAAUAAACUAUGUUAUGUCACCCAAAAGCUGUUAAUUUAAUUACCCCCUAGGGUGACACGGAAAGAGAAAAAUCAAAAUUUCAGAAGAAUCCUUAGAGUUAUUGUUAAAAAAGAAAUGUAACACAAAUAAGGACGUAAGAUAGAAUAAUUCUGUGUUUGACUACGACACAGCUCCAAUUAAUCCAGCCUCUAGGGCACAAUUUGCCAUUUUGUAAUUUGACCCAUAUUUUGACAUCAAUAACUCAGCUGUACGGCAAUUCUAACCUUUAGUCAAACACAGAUCUGUUCAUUAACAUGCUUUUUGUGUAUUUGCCAAAUUUCACAAAGAAAUAAUGAUCCAUUCCUCCAAAAAACUGGUUCCCGUAAGUCAAGGUAAAUAGGUCACGCGGUAAUUAACGCUUUUCCAACUGUAUCCAAACAAAGCCCCAGGUUGGAAACAGGCCAGAAAAAAGUUCAAGGUUAAAUUUCAAAAAAAUAACAGAUUAGAUUAUCGGGAGAGUUCCUCUAAGUGAAAUAGAUAACUCUUCGCCGAGCCCAGACCUUUAAGAAUUAUUUUGUGUCAACUUAUUGCCCCCCGGGGGGUACUCCCUAAAAAAUGACCCAUAGGGGAACGCUUCACCCAAAAGGGGUACCUGUUUCAGGCUUCAGAUAUAUGAAAGGGUAGGCGUUUUACUACUUGAAGUAUAUGAAAGUAUAGGGAAAUCUGUCGUUUCGGUCGGCAAAACAUCCCAAAUGGCUUCUGAACAGAUGCAUUUCAUUGCUGUGAAAACGUCUAGAAAACGUACAGGUUUUUAGUUUAAUCGUAUUCUAAAGAAAACACAUUUACAGCACUAGUUAAAAGGAAUAGAUAUUUCUACUAGGUAUGCACAUGAAGGGGUACCAUUUGUCAAUAGAAGGUAUACGAAAGGGGUACCUUUUUCUGUCAAAAAAGGUUUAUAAAAUGGUAAGGGUUGGACCUCGGGGCGGAGCCUCCCCUACAAAACUUUGUUGAGUACAAGUACCAUUCCUCCAGGGAUGAUCCUCAAUGGUACUUUAGCAUAUGCAGAUGUCCGCUUGUAGCAGGUUUCGAUAGUAGUAAAGUAGUAGUAUUAGCUCUCGAUAUAUAUGGGCGCUAAUGACAUUUUUUUCAGAUAGCACUCAAUCGUGAUAAAGUCGGCUUAAGUCGUUCGAUCACUGAAAGACCCUAGGUGAUAAUAGGAAGACCUAAGCCGUGGAGAAAACGGUGGACUAUCUCUGUUUGAUUGUAGCUUUUCUAAGUCGUAUAUUACGGACAAAAAUGCACUUAUGGAGCCUUUAACAGCAUCUAAUAAGUAGGGGACAAUAGCGGAGUCCAAAUAUGCUGCCUCCUGUACCUUGCCUUACCGGAUUCUGCCACUUUUUUCCUGGCUUCCUCUUUUAAGCCGUUUUUCGUUCGGAGCUCCGCUAUUACAAUUAUAAGUGGAAUAAACAGUAUAAUACUAUAAACAACACUACUGGCCAGAGAGAAAUGGCUCCUACAUUUUGCUGUAUCUGUUUAUUGUUAAACAUCUCUAAGCAAACUAUUAACUGCUCACUCACAUUCAUCAAAACUUCGUGUACAGAUCGCCUUAUAACCUGCAACUGUGUUUAUUUAUUUUCCAGAGCACUGUUUAAUUUUGAUAUGUCAAGCGAGAUUGAGUCACCAGUUUCCAAAUAUGGCAGAAGCAGUGAGUUCGGUAGUGUAUUGGAUUUUAUUCAAUCCAUGAUAAGCAACGACACCCUUCGAAAGUCAUUUGAUAUUCCACAUUUAGUCAUGGUCGGUCGACAAAACAUGGCAAAGACAACGCUUAUCAACCGUCUGAUCGGGCGAUAUCUUCUGCCCAUGCGACGAAACGAAACAGCCAACACUCUUCAAGCGCGGACUACAUACCCAAUCAUACUGAAUCUCCGAAAUGGUCCCAAGACAAUCGUGGAAGUGCGAUGUGAUACGUGCCAGGGUAUUGGAGGAGAGGUAGAAAACCCCACGGAUGAUCAAGUGGAGGAUUUCCUUAAACAAGUUGCUGGUCAUCUUCCCAAAGAAGAAGGAACUCCUAUAUCCAAGACUCCAGUUAAUGUGACCCUUCAAGGUAUGAUACUCUUCGUAUACAGCUGUUUCGAGAAAGGUUGUCGAAAAAAAUGUGCACGCGACAAACCCGAAAGGUAAUAUGGGACAUGAUCAAUACACUGUUCCUGACAUUGUAGCUGUCGAGCCUACUUUUGUUGCUUUCCUUUAGCACUCGCAAACACACGUCCAUGGCCUCUCGUGCCAUUCCUUCAGAUUUCUUUGAAGAACAGUGAACUCAAAACCACCCACAAUACCUUUCGGGAUUGACGCGUGCACUUUUUCCGACAAUCUUUUUCGAAAUCGCUGUAUAUCUAGUCCCUUAAGGCCUCAAUAUACCGCGCGGUCUAUAGCUUUCGAUUCUAGUGGUGCAGCAGUUCGUCUCGGAAAUUCUUUGACCGAACAGGAAUGGGAAGACCCUGUAUCGGGACUAAGCAAAUUCUCUUCGAUAAUCGAAAGUUGGCUACGUUUACUUGAAAUCCGGUGAACCACAGAUCUCCUUAAUUCACGUUCCAUGAUAAGUCCCUAGUUGUCUCCCUCCGUUGAUUUAGCACACUUUCCGCGGACAAAAUUUCACGUUUUUCCAGUGCUAAGAAUGCAAGCUGACUGAACAGCUUGAAAAAAUAAUUGUUUUCUUGCUUAUUGUUUUAGUUAGACAAAACCAACCCUUAUCAGGGGAUGAAAAAAAAGUCUCAGGCACUUUGCAAUCACGAUACAAGGGCCAAGGGACUGACAAAUAUGUGUGCUUUAACGAGCAAGCUUGUCUUCAGAACGUUUCCCUUAGAAAAUAUGGGAGUGGCGCUACCUCCUCUUUCCUCUUCCUCUCCCUCUCUUCGUCCUUAUUUUUCUCUCUCUCCAACUUCGCACCACGCUCCACUAUCUGAACGGCUGGAACAGUCUAGCCAACCCGCCAAGCCUGUCAGGAAAUCUGUCUGGAACACCUCGCGCAGUUCCAAGCAUCCUGCAUUCACUCACAUGACGCGAAUUGACUUGAGACGAGGGUGACUCACCCCUCUUCUUGUCCUCUGCCUCAGGUCCCAAACUCACUACCUUGACUUUAGUCGAUCUUCCCGGCGCUCACUUCGCCAACGACGAUCCUCGGAUGAACCAGGCAACCCAAUCUCUUGUGUUAGACUACAUUGAGAAGAACACAAAGAGCAUUAUCGUUAUAGUUUCCGAAGUAGGGGACCCCACGGGAGACAGUGCUAUUAACCUGGUCAUGCGAAAGGCUAAAGAUUUCAGGCAGCGGACCAUAUGUGUACUGACUAAACCAGACAGGCUGAGAGAAUCAGAUGACAUGGGCGUAAAAGUAGCAUUAAACAAGUCAAGUUUCACCCUGGAGGACGGUCGCUUCAUUGUAUUAAGAGGUACAAUGGGAGUUGUUGUUUUAAUCUUCUUUGGAUAUCACCAGGAGCUCAAAACCUGCAGCGAGCAACUUUCAUCUACUCGUGUUAUGGUGUUUUCACCAAUCAGUUUAUUUUUUGAAAUAUUUUGGAACGAAUUUAGAAUAUCUUUUAAGUCCCACAAACCAGUCAGAAACUAUAAAGAGCUAAAAGAGGUACUAACGAACUUUUAAUGACGUUUAGUUUUCCUCUUUGGUUUGUUGUGAUUUGUAUGCACACUUGGGCGAAGCAAAGCUUCCAUUUUCGCGAGAAUAAGCUCUUUUAAAUGUACCUAAAAAUAAACUGGUCCAUAAAACAUGCUGUGACAUAGACCUGGUAUAGGAGUAGCUCGCUCCAGCUUAUGGGCUUCGCACAUCACCUUUUUUCGUAAUGUUUUCAGUCUGAUUAUCAGGUGCUUCUGAGGGAAUAGGAAUAGACAUGCGAAGAGGGGAGAAUCACCUCUCCCUUAACCCCAAAGGUGGCUCUGAUACUCAGGCUACAUCGUUUACAGCGAUUAUUAUGGCUGAGAACAUUUCAAAAGGAAAGGGAAAUUAGCAGGAGCCCGGGCUCCUGGUGUUGGACGGUGGUACACAACGUCUUUUUUCUUGAUUCAAUCAAAAUCCUUUUUAAAAUUCCGAAUAAUUAGGAUAUUUUUUUGUCUCUUACAAAUUAUUUGUUUUUUAAGAGUUUUAAUUAUGAAAGAGGAGAGAACUAAGGCUAUUCUCCACUCAUUCUGCCAACAAACAGGAAAAGAUGGAACCGACGCAAACGAAAAGGACUGGGACGCAGAGAUGACCCGUGUCAAGGAAAAGGAGUGGUUCGCGCGUCAUCCUCAAUACAAAAGCAUUCUUAAACUGUGUGGAAUUGACCGGCUCAUGGAUACCAUGAUCUCACUUCUGGCCCAAAAAAUGAUCACUGAAAUUCCAGUCUUAGUGCGUGAAAUGAGGGAACGAAAGGCAAAGGUAGGAGAUGAAAACAGUGACGUUUUCCUGUUAAAAUGAAGGAAGGAUGCCCCUGGUAGAAGGAUCACCCGCCUAACCGAGCCACCCUUGGCGAGCCAGCUCUUCAUGAAUUUCCUCCUGAAAACGUGGCAAAGCGAGCUGGCAAAGUGUUUACAAUCAGAGCAUGCGCCAGCGUUGUUUUAAUCAAUCAGCGCAUGUGCUAGAAAUGUUGACUCGGUCAAAGGGAUCAAUUUUUUUCUUAUAAACGCUCGCUAAAGUUGAGUCGGCCGCUGAUGAGAGGGUGGCCCGUCUACACGGAAAGGGGCCUAACUUUACCCAACAGUCUUAGCGACACAUAUAAGCCAUUUUCGAGUAGCUCAAAAAUCAAAUUACGUCACCCGUUGAACCCCAGAUAUCGUGUGUAUGGAACUUUUAUGCUUUGUCCGCAGGGUCGUUGCUUUUCAGCUGUGCUGUCUUUUCACGUAAGCCAUACACCUGUGCACAAUACACGCGAUAAUAAAACAUCUCGUUGCCAUAUCUAGGUGGAAUCAGAACUCAAACUUUUGGCCCAUAGCGAAGUACCUGAGACGAGCGAAGGCAAAGGAGCGCUUGUAAUGAAACUCAAGCAAAAUCUCAUUACUCAGCUGAAGACGCUUCUCUUUAACAACACGUCUGACAUUGGAGGAGGAGAGCAAGUGCGAACAUUGUUCAACAAAUUUCAUGACACUGUAUACAAGGUAGGCGAAAGGGUAGUGCCAAUUAAUUUUUUAAUUAUUGAUUAAUUAUUUAUUUUUUGGGUGUUGUUGGGUCGUCUGGUGCUGCCCACAAACCUCAUGAUCAGCGGUACAACAUUGACAAGGGGAAGAGGUACUCCUGAAAGGUGUUUAUGUUUUUGAUUAGAAAGAUUAAAACUUCUGCUCUGAUAUGUCGUUUUGGCCGAAGUGUCUUAACUAAUUUUGUCGCCAUUUAUAGCAAGGACAAAUGAAAGGGCGGUGUCAGGAGUUUCGUUUAACUAGCUGCCCUAAGGUUCGAAAGAAAAGUUAUAUUAUUGUUUUUUGCAAGAAACCUUUUUUCAAAUCUAGGUAGAUCCCCUGGUGAAGCGAAAUGAUGAUGAGAUACGAAAACAACAAAGGAAACUCGAGGGCGUGGCAGCUCCUCUUGGUGACAGCAGUGAAAACAGCCAGCUGCUGCAAAAACUACUUUAUGAGUCGUACCAAGGAAGGAGUACUGUGCCAGUUGCGAGUAGCACAGGAUUCCCAGGUAUUAGCGUAAACUUCCGGAAAGACACUCCGAAAUUAAAGAUCGAUACCGCUGAUAGACGCGACCCACGAACUGACUAUUUGCUCUUGUCGUUGUUAUGGCUCAGAAGUUUCAAAAGAAGGAAAUAAAAGAAAUCUCCUAUACCAAUCACCGACAGAUAUAUAGAUGGUGGUUUGGACCCAAAGAAUAUAGAGGGGCAAUAAGCAUGAAUGGUCUCUUGAGACAACCGGGUGAUUAUGUUAGCAAAUGGCGCCAACAGUAACCUCGUAACACCAGUUUCAGUUUUCAAACGCUUAUAACUUUCUAAGUAAUUGUUCUCAACAAUAAAUGAAUUAACAGUACGUUAUUAAACGGCUUUAUGUACAGUAAAGGUAACAACCCUGCAUUUGAAGUAUUUUUCUUAGCCUUAAGAUCUGAAAUAAAAAGGACUGGCUGGCUUACAAAGUGCUAUCCAUACCCUCUACCACUUUUAUAGACCUUUUAUAGACCUCAUUCACCUUUAAAUGACACUUACCUCCUUGUGUUCACACUAGGAACAACUUCCAUGACUAUUGAUGAACUAGUCCAAAGUCCAGUGGAUCAACUAAUUCCCAUAUCCACCCAUCUGGUAAACAACGUAGAGAAAACUCUACGCAGAAUAGUGCAAGAUGCAAUCAAUAAAAGUUUGUCCAGUUUCCCAACUCUUAAGCAAGCGGUCGAGGCCAAGGUGGUGAGCAAGAUUUUCGACACAAAACGAGAGCAAACCAUUCAGUUCAUUCAGCAGUUUCUCGAGAUGCAGAAGAAGAGCAUUGAUGAUGUGUUUGCUCCAGUUCCAUUUCCGGAUGAGCUGAACUCGUGGGAAACCACGCUCGCUUACAAUAGCAGGACUCGUGACUCAUUCCGUCAUCCUUGCAACACGUCCCGGACAACGUGCCACCUGAAGGACCUGGCGAAAAAGCUCUAUCCCAAAGAACUGAUGGAAGAAAUUGAAGGCCAAAAUUCACGAGGAAGUUAUAAGGUUAGCUCAGCAGUUUCAGAACACACAUGCAAGGAAAUUAGGCUGGGAAUCUGAACUGGCUUUGUAGUCAUUUCAUCUUUUGAGAGUGAGCAAUACCCUUAAGUGUGGCCAUUCAAGUAAAACCUCUUUUUAAGUAUUUUUACAUCGCAAUAUCCUAGAUUUUGAACUGUUUCAGUCUAACUUUUGAAUCUUUGGAUCAGAAACUGUAGUUUGACCAUUCAGAUUUAGAAGAACUACCACAUGCAUGGAGCUAUUAAUUAUGCUAUAUUAUCUGGUUCUAACUUUCAAGACUUUGGAUAAAAUUUUGUCGUGUGACCAUUCAAAUUAAACCUCUCAACGAGUUCUUUGACAUACUUCUGCUUCUUUUACAAUAUUUUACAUGACGAAAGUCAGUGUUUUUCUUAAAUUUUGAUUUCAGUCCCCAAGGAGAGUCAGUUAGGAUGAAUUAAACAGGUGUAUUAUUUUUCCUCAGGAGCUCGAAGAUAUAAAGAACGUAAAAAAGAACGUUGUACGCUGCUUCAACGGGAUCAAAAUGAACGUCUGCGAUACAGUUCCCCGCUGCAUUCUUCAUUUUUUCAUCACUCAACUCGUGGAUGACCUUGAGCAUGCCUUGGAACAAGAAGACUUGGUCGAGUUCUUGAAAGAAAAGCAGGAUAUCCUGGAAAGGCGUAAAGUGUGUCGUGCCCAGUUCUCCGCUCUGGAGCAAGCGCUGCCUCGCACUGACGAAGUGUUGAAGAAAUUACUACGUAUGCGGGGCGGAUCUGACGCACGUCAGCAGUUGCAGUUUUAAAUGUCAACUCUGCAAGACAUAGCGACAAAAGUCAUCAAUAGAAAUAUUAAGAUUACAUUAGGCUAUAUAUUAAGAAAAAUAAAGUAGUACGUGAACAAAAACGCACAUUCAGAAACAACGAAAGGUAAGAUGGGAGUUAUCACUUUUGUUUUUUCUUACUGAAUGAAGAGAUAGUUCACUAAAGUAUUUUGAAGUGAAUAAAAAUCUUAUCAGUGAAACGAAACAAUAGAUCUCUUAUCAACAUCUCGUAUUUUGCAUUUUGUUGUAAUCGCUCUUUCUCAGGCAGGCAUCAUUGAGAUGUCAGCCCCCAGUAUGGUUGGUGUUCAUUCUGUUAACUAAAAUUAUAAGUGUAAUGUCGUUUGUUUUACUUUUUAAGUCCUAGAACUGACCAUAAUCAAUUCCCCUAACAAUACCAAUGCGGAUAAUCAGGAAAAAAGGUUAAGAUGAUUUAAUAAAAUGAACACCGAAAGGGGGAAAAAUUGUUUUGAUUUUUUUAGAAUAUUACAUUGUGUGGAAAUCGGAAAUUGAGUGUGGAUAUUGUCACCAAACCAGUUAAAAGAAACUGUGUUACUCAAAAGACCAAGUUAUUCUGGGAAUUCAAAGGUCGACUAGUAUUUAUUUUCUGAGAAAAAGCGGAAGGGCGUCAGAAAGGAGCUAACCUGUUCCGGCACGCAGUUAGUUUUCAAUUGUGUCGCUUUUUCUUGAUGGACAAAGACUAUAAAAUCGUUAUAUAGCUGAUUCAAUAAAAGUUGCCUUGGGCAUUGGGAAUUACGCACUUGUAAGCUAUUGUUUGGUGGUCACUCAAGCAAAGCAUUGCCUUGGGUUUCAUAUGCCCAGUUGUCAAUGGCCAAUUGUUAGAGCAAUCUAAGACCCUGUUUACAUGGAGUGCGGGACCCCGGUCUAGUGGGGAAGUUUUCUUUUGUUUUGAGUCCCUCAGAGGGUGAAAACAAAAGAAACCAACCCCACUAGACCGGGGUCCCCCACUCCAUGUAAACAGGCCCUAAACUGAAUGAGGUGCAGUGGGCUAUGGGUCGAGGGAACAUGGGUUUCGUCUUAAUGACGGUUACAGUUUGUUUUGUUUUGUUUUGCUUUUUUUUACACAAUAAAGUUGGAUUACCUACCCACCACGCUUCCUUUGAAUUUCCCGGAAUAUGACCCUAAGACAUUUAGGAAAACAACCGCUGACGUACAACUAAUGCCAAACAUUGAGACAUUGCAGUCAGCGCAUAAUCGUGCGUUCCUAGUAGUCUGCUACCUAUUUCUUACGGAUAAAGUAAAAACACUCUAGUUUUCGAGGCACGAAUCAUCAUUUACAUUCCCCCUUCUUUCUUACAUCAUUUUGUUCUUUAAACACCAUAACUUUAACAAGAAUGAUCCCAAUCUGUGGAUCUCAGCCUACUCUGAGUUUCCCAGUUCUUGAAACAACUAUUUGUGUCCUUGCUAUUACCCAGCCAGCAUGUGCUAACGAUCGACUACACUAGCUAGUUAGGGCUACAACCCCAAACCGGAUUUAGAUUCGUGUGAAUCUCAAGAAAAACCAGUUGAAUUUAAAAGAAAAGGUGUCGUUUCAGUGUAGAGACCCGCUCAAACUAAGCCAUCCUGAAUGUGAAGAAACCUAUGUCUUGAGAACUAAAAGUCAAUGUGACAUUUGUCACAGCAAUAAGGAAUUCAAACGAUUCACCCCUAGGAUGCUGAGGAUCUGGUGCCAAAAUGUGCCUCUCAGGUUUUCCUAGAAAGCUGCUUAAAGAUUCCCAGUAAUAAUAAAAGGUGAGUGUGUCUGGUAUAAAUUUCCAUUUCGCGUCAUCGUCCUCGCAAACUGUGAAGAAAGGCAUACGAUACACUGAAAUUCUUGGAAAAUUCAACGCGCAGGUGAAACUGUGAGUAGUGGUACGAUGGCCAUUUUAAGAGCCGAUGUAAUCUAUUAUAGUUUAGCUAAAUUAAGUUUUCACUAUACACUAUCUCAGCGGCUCAAUUCAAUAAUGCUUAAACUAAGGCAUAGUGCUUAUUUUCCCCUAGUGAUAUGGAUGCAAAUGCAGACGAUGCAAGCUCAAUAUGAGAGUUCUUAUGAAAACAUCUUCUGUGAUGCUAAAGAUUAAACCCAAUUCAUUUAAUCUGGGGCCAGCUAGAAUUAUCCGUGCGGUUGCCGAGAGAUGAUGAAUCUUCUGUAGCUCGCGGCCCUUUCGAUUUGUCCGGCUGAUAAUCCGAGAUGUUUCAAAGCACUACCGUGAUUUGGUUAUUAAUAGAUUUAGUAGGGUAACACCCUCCUACAUUACGUCAUUUCCGCCUUGAUGAUAUUACCAUGAGCAAAUAUUAAGCCAGCCAUUUACGUUAUCAAGUUAUGAUAGUUUAUCAGUGGUAUCUGUGGUGCUACACCGAUACCAACAAAUUUAGAUAAAAUCAAUUAUGAUGCGCUCAGGUUAUGAUUGCGGCCUGUCUGGGCCCAGUUACGAAAGCCGAUUAGCCUUGUCCAUGCAGGGGGACCAAAGUUUUGAACAUUUUCUCAGAGACCUAGUUCUGUUAUUAAAUCCAAACUGACAGUUCAGAAUGGUCUACGAGAAAGCAAAAGCAAUCGUGGGUUCAAAUGGACACGAAACUGGGUCGUGUUGAUUUAUGACUGCAUUGUCCAUUGUCAAUUAGAAAGUGAAAUUUCAAAUAUAAUUACAGAUUUGAUAAUGGAUAGUUCCGUUAAAUUGUUAAAUAGACAAUAAAUAGACCGUGUAGAAAACUCUGGGUGGUUGUAGCUUUUCUUACGUAGUAAAAUACACUUAUGAGGCCUCGAUGAGAUCGAAUAGGGCAGGAGGACAGAGGGUGUUCCAAAUCUCCCAGCCCCCGGAACCUUGAAUUCCCAACUCCCGCCCCUUUUUCUUAGCUUCCUCUCCUUAGUCCUUUCUCCUUACGAAACAUAAAGCAUCGUUGUGUAAUUUCCACCUAUUUCUCCGCUUCCCGCCCUUUAGAACUCCCUUCUUCUGCUCUUUUCUCUUCCGCCUCCCCUACUCCUCCCUCCCUAUAUUUUUGCUGUGCUUCCACCCCCUGUCCCUCUCAACCCUGGAAAUGUGCAAUAGACAAAACGGGAUAAGCUGGUCAUUCUCAUGCAUCAAAACUUCGUGAACAGAUCGCCUAUUUACCUGCGAACUGUGUUAUUUUAUUCUCCACAGCGCUUUAAUUUCAAUAUGUCAAGCGAGAUUGAGUCACCAGUGUCCAAAUAUGGCAGAAGCAGUGAGUUCGGUGGUGUAUUGGAUUUUAUACAAUCCAUGAUAAGCAACGACACCCUUCGAAAAUCAUUUGAUAUUCCUCAUUUAGUCAUGGUCGGUCGACAAAACAUGGCAAAGACAACGCUUAUCAACCGUCUGAUCGGGCGAUAUCUUCUGCCCAUGCGACGAAACGAAACAGCCAACACUCUUCAAGCGCGGACUACAUACCCAAUCAUACUGAAUCUCCGCAACGGUCCCAAGACAAUCGUGGAAGUAAGAUGUGAUACGUGCGAGGGUAUUGGAGGAGAGGUCGAAAACCCCACGGAUGAUCAAGUAGAGGAUUUCCUUAAACAAGUUGCUGGUCAUCUUCCCAAAGAAGAAGGAACUCCUAUAUCCAAGACCCCAGUUAAUGUGACCCUUCAAGGUAUGAUAAUGUUUGAUGAUGGAAAGAAGGUUACCUUUAAUUCAGUCAUUAGAACUACACGUUUGAUCUUUAAGGUGCCUUGUCCUCGUUUUGUUAGAACACUUUACUCGGUCAGAGAUUUUCUGAGCAUUGUCUCUGGUACUAGACAAAAUACAAGCUGUUCAAACAGAGAAUUUUUUUUUCUUGCUUAAUGUUUCAGUUAGACAAAAUUAACCUUCGUCAGGGGUCGGAAAAAAGUCUCUAGUACUAUUCUGGUACCGUGAGGUACCACCCCGCUAACCCUUUCAAUCUGUCUGCCUCAGGUCCCAAACUCACCACUUUGACUUUAGUCGAUCUUCCCGGCGCUCACUUCGCCAACGACGAUCCUCGGAUGAACCAGGCAACCCAAUCUCUAGUUUUAGACUACAUUGAGAAGAACACCAAAAGCAUUAUCGUCAUAGUUUCGGAAGUAGGGGACCCCACAGGAGACAGUGCUAUUAACCUGGUCAUGCGAAAGGCUAAAGAUUUCAGGCAGCGGACCAUAUGUGUACUGACUAAACCAGACAGGCUGAGAGAAACAGACGACAUGGGCGUAAAAGUAGCAUUAAACAAGUCAAGUUUUACCCUAGAGGAUGGACGCUUCAUUGUGUUAAGAGGUACAAUAAGAGUUGUUACUUUAAAUUUCUUUGGAUAUCACCAGGAGCCCAUGACCUGCAGCGAGCAGCUUUCAUCUACUCGUGUCAUGCCGUUUUCACCAAUCAGUUUAUUUUUAGAAAUAUUUUGGCGCGAAUUUAGAAUAUCUUUCAAGUCACUUAAACCAGUCAGAAUUAAACUAUACAAACCUAAAAAAGGUAUUAAUGAAUUUUUUGGUAUGUUAUCAUUUGAAUGCGCACUUAGGCGAAGCAAAACUUCCAUUUUUGCAAGAAAAAGUUCUUUUAAAUGUACGUAGCAACAAACUGGUCCAUAAAAAACGCCGUGACAUAGAUCCAGUAUGGGAGUAGCUCGCUCUGGCUUAGAAUCUAAUACUCAGGCCAUAACGGUUACAAAGACUUUUAUGGUUGUAAACAGUCCAAAGUGAAAGGGCUGUCGGUGGGAACCUGGUCUCCUUGGGUUGGACGAGAGGCGAACGUGUUAUUCUUGAUUCAAUCAAUUUAAUUUUCGAACUGUUAGAUUAACUAUUUUUUCUGGAAAAAUAGUUGUUUUUAAGAGUUUUAAUUUUAUCAAAACUAAAGGAGGGCCCUAAAACUUUUCUCCACUCAUUCUGUCAACAAACAGGAAAAGAUGGAACAGACGAGAACGAAAAGGACUGGGACGCAGAGAUGACCCGUGUCAAGGAAAAGGAGUGGUUCGCGCGUCAUCCUCAAUACAAAAGCAUUCUUCAACUGUGUGGAAUUGACAAGCUCAUGGAUACCAUGAUCUCACUUCUGGCCCAAAAAAUGAUCACCGAAAUUCCAGUCUUAGUGCGCGAAAUGAGGGAAAGAAAGGCAAAGGUAGGAGAUGAGAAAAAUGACUUCUUCCCUUUUAACUUUAUCUAACAAUCAGAACAAUCUGAGUAUCUGAGUAUAGUACCCCAAAAGUAAUUUACGUCACCCGUUCAACCCCAAAUAUCGCUUGUAUAGAACCUUUGAACUUUGUUCGCAGGGUCAUUUUAUUUGUGCUUUAUUUUCCUUUUUAAGCCCCGAUUCACUUACACCCGUUAAUAAAACAUCUUAUUGCUGUUUCAAGGUGGAAUCAGAACUCAAAAGUCUAGCUCAUAGCGAAGUACCUGAGUCGAGUGAAGGCAAAGGAGCACUUGUAAUGAAAGUUAAACAAACCCUCAUUGGCCAGCUGAAGACGCUACUUUUUAACAACACGUCCGACAUUGGAGGAGGAGAGCAAGUGCGAACAUUGUUUAACAAAUUCCACGACGCUGUUUUCAAGGUGGGCGAAAAGAUAGUGCCAAUUAAAUCUUUCAUUAUUGAUUACUUACAAUACAUAUGAGACCUGCCACGCACUACAAAGAACUAUCCGCGACAAAACUGUUGAGGCACUGUCAUACAAAGAGGUGUUUUGAGGUACCCUAAUUACGACAGCCCUUUUUCCUCCCACCUUGUCAAUAUUGGGUCGCCUGGUGCUGCCCACAAAUCUCAUAACCAACAGUACAAAACUGACAAGGGGGAGGGGGAAGGGGUACCCCUGUCAGUUGUUUUGGACCAUUUUGAUUAGAAAGAGUAAAAACAUGGUAUUGAUAUGUCUCAACUAAUUUUGUUGCCAGUGGUAGCAGGAAAAUGGACGGUGUCAAGAGAUUCGUUUAACUUGUAGCCCUAAGAUUUCGAAGGAGAAUUAUGUCUGUUUGAUUUUUGAAAGAAACCUUUUUCCAAAUCUAGGUAGACCCCCUGGUCAAGCGAAGCGAUGAUGAGAUACGAAAACAGCAAAGGAAACUCGAGGGCGUGGCAGCUCCUCUUGGAGACAGUAGUGAAAACAGCCUGCUGCUGCAAAAACUACUUUAUGAGUCAUACCAAGGAAGGAGUACUGUGCCAGUUGCGAGUAGCACAGGAUUCCCAGGUAUUAGCGUAAACUUCAAAAAGACUCUUCGAAGUCUUAAAGAUCGAUACCCCUGUGUUACUGCCGUUACGUUGCGACAAGAAGAACACACGCGUGGCGUCACGCACGGUUUGGUAUUCCACCCCAUAAUGCGUUGUGGGAGCAAAAGGAAAUCAUGUGCUCAAUCGAAAGAAAUGUCUUACGGUAAAAUCGUUUUCGGAGCAUAGUUUUAUACGGUUUAUCGUGUUUUGUAGCCGUUAUCAGAGGACACAAACGUAAGUUCUAGUUCGCUUUUCUCUUCACUAGGUAUUUGUAGUAUUUAGUCUUAGUUUUCGGAACCGUACAAACCGUCCUCGUCGUUCAAGUAAAGUGGGCGCAAAGUAACAGUCUUGGGGUAUGGGGACGGACACUAAAAGUCAUUUUAUCUCAGUGUUGCGGUCAAACGCUUGAGGCUUUUUUUGUUUGUUUGUUUUACCUUUUGUCUCAAGAUAAUGAGCUAAUUUUCUUUAAAAACUCUAAGCGCCCAAGUGAAAUUUUAGGGACCUUACGAUCCGACAACAGCGACGUCCAAUCGAAAAUGUCGCUGAAAAAAUAGACUUCCCAUUAUUUCACUUUCUUUCGCGAUUUUCCAAGGGGCCCAGUUGCUUAAAAGACUGGAGGGAAUUUGGGUUGGAGCUAAAGAGAAGGGACUGCGCCCGCGUUCUGACAGAGGUGGUAGAAUUUAUCGCCUUGCCAUUCCCGUUCCCAAGUAAACUUAGGCCACGUCCACACGUAUCCGUUUUUGUUUGAAAACGAAGAUAUUUUCCCUCCGUUUUCAAAAAAAGGCGUGUCCAUACGAAGCGUAUUCGAAUCGUUUUCGCCUGUCCAUACGAAAACGCUAAACAAUGGAAAUACGAGAGCAUCCCUCACAGAGCAUGCGUUAUAGUAGUAGUAAAUGAUGUAUUACAUCAUCGUAAUCGUGAAAACCUACGUUUUCGUCCGUUCACAUGUACACGUGAAAACAGCGUUUUCAAAAAGUUCCGUUUUCAUUGAUUUAAUCAGAUACGUGAAGACGGAAGCCGUAUCCGUAAAGAAAAACUUGCGUUUUCAACUCAAAAAGGAUACCUGUGGACAGGGCCUUAAAAUUUGGUCAUUUCACGCCGUAGUUUUGCAGGGACUGCAAAGAAAUUUACAAAAAAGCGUGAUGCACGUGCAGAGUUGUUGUUUUGUUCAUUAAAUCUAUUGCUUUUUUGGCGUUCCCGUUGCCGUUACCGUCGUAGUUUCGUAAGGUCCCUUUUGUUAGCAAAUGACGCCAACAGUAACCUCGUAGCAUCACUUUUAGUUUCCAAACGCUUAUAACUUUCUAAGUAAAUUUUCUUAACAAUAAGUGAAUUAACAGUAUGUUGAUAAAAUAUUAAAAUUUAUGAAAGUUAAAGGUAACAACUCUGCCUUUGUAUGAACUAGGCCUUAAGAACUGACUUUAAAAAGCGCUAUUCAUUCCCUCUGAUUGAACUACUUUUAUAGACCUCAUUCAGUUCUAAAUGUUACUUAUCUUCUUGUGUUCACAGGAACAACGUCCAAGACUAUUGAUGAACUAGUCCAAAGUCCAGUAGAUCAACUGAUUCCCAUAUCGACCCGUCUGGUCAACAAUGUGGAGAAAACUCUAAGCACAAUAGUGCAAGAUGCAAUCAAUAAAAGUUUGUCUAAUUUCCCAACUCUCAAGCAAGUGGUCGAGGCCAAGGUAGUGAGCAAGAUUUUUGACACAAAACGAGAGCAGACCAUUCAGUUCAUUCAGCAGUUUCUCGAGAUGCAGAAGAAGAGUAUUGAUGUGGUGUUCGCUGCAAUUCCGUUCCCUGAUGACCUAAGUUACUGGGAAACUAUUCUCGCCCUCAAUGGCAAAACCCACCCUUGCAUGAUGUCAAAGACGAUGUCCCACAUGAAGUAUCUUGCGAGAAAGCUUUAUCCAAGCGAACUGAUGGAGGAGGUUGAAGCCCGAAAUUCACGUGGAAAUUAUAAGGUGAGCUCUCAGUAGUUCAAAAACAUACCUGCGUUCAAAUGAGACGAGUAAUCUGAGCCGCCUUUUCCAUCUUCAUGAGCUUGUGCAGACAACCCUUGUCUGACCAUUCAAUUCAAAUUAAACCUCUUUUGAAGUACCUUCUUCGUGUCUUUUGUUCUUUUUCAUAGACUGUUAACUGUUUCUAAUGUUUGAAUCUGUGUAUAAGAACUUGUAGUUUGACCAUGCAAAUCAGUAAAGCUUUUUAGAAGCAGUGCUCCCACAUAUAGUACUAUUUAUUACGCUUUAUUAACUGGAUCUAACUUUCAAGUCAUUCGAUGAAAUCCUAUCGCGUGACAGUUCAACUCAAAACUCAAGUCUCAAGGAGUUGUAGUUCUGUUUAUUUUUUAACAUUUUACGGAACAAAAGACGGAGUUUUUCUUCAAUUUUAAUUUAAGGAAAUGAGCUAGAAACGUUACAGGAAGUAUGCCUGGCCCUUGAAAAGUCAGUUGAGCUAAGAUGAAAACAGCAGAUAACAGGUGUAUUUCUGUUCCUCAGGAGCUCGAAGAUGUAAAGAGGGUCAAAAGGAAUGUUGUACGCUGCUUCAACGUGAUCAAAAUGAACGUCUGCGAUACAGUUCCCCGCUGCAUUCUUCAUUUUUUCAUCACACAACUCGUGGAUGACCUUGAGCACGCGUUGGAACAAGAAGACUUGGUCCAGUUCUUAGAAGAAAAGCAGGAUAUCCUGGAAAGGCGUAAAGUGUGUCGUGCCCAGUUCUCCGCUCUGGAGCAAGCGCUGCCUCGCACUGACGAAGUGUUGAAGAAAUUACUGCACAUGCGAAACGGAUCUGGUGCACGUGAGAAGCUGCAGUUUUAA